CAUGCAGCUGCCUGGAGAGAGGGAGCCGGUGUCCUACGUCAGAGCCGCCGCCGCCGCGGAGCCGCCGCCGGGGAGGAGCAGCCGCUGCCGCCCAGGACUGGGCCCUUAGGGAGGAGGAGGCGAGAAGAUGGCGGACGACCCCAGUGCUGCCGACAGGAACGUGGAAAUAUGGAAGAUCAAAAAGCUCAUUAAGAGCUUGGAGGCGGCCCGCGGCAAUGGCACCAGCAUGAUAUCAUUGAUCAUUCCUCCCAAAGACCAGAUUUCACGAGUGGCAAAAAUGUUGGCAGAUGAAUUUGGAACUGCAUCUAACAUUAAGUCACGAGUAAACCGCCUUUCAGUCCUGGGAGCCAUUACAUCUGUACAGCAGAGACUCAAACUUUAUAACAAAGUACCUCCAAAUGGUCUGGUUGUUUACUGUGGAACAAUUGUAACAGAGGAAGGAAAGGAAAAGAAAGUCAACAUUGACUUUGAACCUUAACCAAUUAAUACGUCAUUGUAUUUGUGUGACAACAAAUUCCAUACAGAGGCUCUAACAGCACUACUUUCAGAUGACAGCAAGUUCGGCUUCAUUGUAAUAGAUGGCAGUGGUGCUCUUUUUGGCACACUUCAAGGAAACACAAGAGAAGUCCUACACAAAUUCACUGUGGAUCUCCCAAAGAAACACGGUAGAGGAGGUCAGUCAGCCUUGCGUUUUGCCCGUUUAAGAAUGGAAAAGCGACAUAACUAUGUUCGGAAAGUAGCAGAGACUGCUGUGCAGCUGUUUAUUUCUGGGGACAAAGUGAAUGUGGCUGGUCUCGUUUUAGCUGGAUCAGCUGACUUUAAAACUGAACUAAGUCAGUCUGAUAUGUUUGAUCAGAGGUUACAAUCAAAAGUUUUAAAAUUAGUUGAUAUAUCCUAUGGUGGUGAAAAUGGAUUCAACCAAGCUAUUGAGUUAUCUACUGAAGUCCUUUCCAACGUGAAAUUCAUUCAAGAGAAGAAAUUAAUAGGACGAUACUUUGAUGAAAUUAGCCAGGAUACAGGCAAGUACUGUUUUGGAGUUGAAGAUACACUAAAGGCAUUGGAAAUGGGAGCUGUAGAGAUUCUAAUAGUCUAUGAAAAUCUGGAUAUAAUGAGAUACGUUCUUCAUUGCCAAGGCACAGAAGAGGAGAAAAUUCUGUAUUUAACUCCAGAACAAGAGAAGGAUAAAUCUCAUUUCACAGACAAAGAGACAGGACAGGAACAUGAGCUGAUUGAGAGCAUGCCCCUCUUGGAAUGGUUUGCUAACAACUAUAAAAAAUUUGGAGCCACAUUAGAAAUUGUCACAGAUAAGUCACAAGAAGGAUCCCAGUUUGUGAAAGGAUUUGGUGGAAUUGGAGGUAUCUUGCGGUACCGAGUAGAUUUCCAGGGAAUGGAAUACCAAGGAGGAGACGAUGAAUUUUUUGACCUUGAUGACUACUAGGUAGUCGACAUGGGUCCGGCAAAACGUGCCUCACCCUCCAGCAUCCAACCCAAGGAGCAUACCCGUGGUGGAAUCCAAACAGAUCCCUGCCUUACAAUUGGAACAUUUCCAGAACUUAAUCCAUGAGUAUUGGAUACUGAAAAGAAAACCGAAACAAAACCAGACCCAACCCUACACUUUGGUUUGUCAUGGUGUCAGCGCAGCAGCCUACAACUAAGUUCCUAAAUGCCACUUCGGACUAAUUUAAAAAAAGAAUCCCAGUUUUUACUUUUACUCGAUGGUGAAAUUGGUUGCUCUUGUAUUUUAUGAAAAAAAAAAUGAUUUUUUUAACCUUCAUACAUAGAAGCAAAAAUACUUUAACUGCUGUAAACCUUCAAAAGUUAAUAGAAGUGAGAUCAUACUGGUUUGUUUCUUACUUUGAUCGGAAAAAAAAUUAAAUUGCUGCAUUUUGCAGUGACCCAUUUACAUGGCAUUCUCAGCUUAGACUGCGUAAGAAGAAAUAUAUGUGGUGAAAUGUUGGAACCAUUUCUCUCUUGGUCUCUGUUUAAUGUUGAAAGGGUGAGCUAAUUGGAGGCAAAUUCAACUUCACUCCCUCAUAUUCCCCCCACUCCAGACUGUCAGUUUCAAGGGUGCAGAUUGCAUUGCAAGUCAAACUGAUGAAGCAUUGGGGCCAGUGCACUAUUUACUUCCAUCUGUUUAGCAGGCACUUUUGUGCCUGACAUUUGGGAGCCCUUUGUAUCACUUGCUUUGGCAAAGGUCCCCAUAAUCUUAGCAUACUAGAAACCAGUUUGGUAUGGAUGUGAUUGGGCUUCUGUGCUGUUGCUGGGAUUGGAAGAAAUAAAACAUGCAAUUGAAGUGGAAGCAAAAAAAUUAAAGGUUAUUAUUUCAUUUUGCUUGGGUCUAGUCUUGGUGAAAGGGAGGUGGUCGUGUUUCCUUGUGUUGGAUGGCAUGAGAUUAUGUGAAUGUUUUGAUUUUUAAAAAUGAACUGCAAGAUUUUUCACAGGAAUGACAGACAAGACAUGUAUGGCUGUGCAUGUAAUUAUAUACCCCUGGUGGGGUUGGAGGAUCUGUUUCAAAUGUUGGACUUACAAGCACCUCUCAGAUGAGAAAUUAUGGGAGGAAGGGUGGGAAGGA